AUGUCGGAAUACCCUUCAUAUAUAUCUGAUGGCAGGUACAACUCGGUGACAUGUGUUGUGAUAUGUUCGUCCGAUUUUAGUCCUGAAGCCGCACUAUCUCGACGGUAUCAGGGUGGAGCGGACCGGUUGUCUAGACCUAAGAUCGCGAGGUCUCGCGGGCUUGUCCGUGUCGGUUGGCUUCAGCACUUGCUCAAAGCCAUGGACGACGGUUUGGUUCAAUACCGAGACGCAGUCUGCCGUGCGAUAUCACACGGCAGUCUAACGCCAUCCUGGAAACUGAAAAGGACCAUGCAUAAGGUCCGUAGCCCAAGCUGGGAUAGCCCUGAUUGGCUCAAGCUUAGGCAGCACAUGUCAUUAGCUAAGCAGGGCAGCCUUUUGAGUGCUAGAGGGAAACUGGGCUGUGCCUCCUAUCCCAUGUUUCUUGGGUUUCCGGUUCCGUCAAUCACAACGGAGCCCGUCACCGAGAAAUGUAAUGGGGGAGUGAUUCCCGACAUACUCCGAGUUUUUGUAAAAAUGACUGUUCCGCCGCCUCUCCGUACCCGUCCCGCAAGCCUCACCGGCACCAUGUUCCAGUCAGCCUUGAGGCCUUCGACUCACCACCGGAGCAACAUUGCAUUGCCCCGACGGCGCAAACGCGCCCUUGCCGUUUUACACCGAAGCGCAAAGCCACACCCGCUAACAAUGAGCAACUUGGUGCCUUGUCAGUCAUACGCAACGGCGCACACAUAUCCGUCGCUCGUGACGAGGCCUAGCACUCCGGCGCGGACUCCCCUCGUGCCUGGAAAUAUGGGGGUUGCUGCCUCAGACCGUCUAGGACCCCCAUAUCAUCUCCGUCACCAAACACGUCUUAACCCAGGCAACCAAGUCGUCUCCCAACCCCUCCAUUCUGCAAACGUCGAUGCGUUUCUGAGGCCGCGGUCAUCUCUACAAUCUACGAAUCAGACUUCGCGAAUCCCUGGGUUUUUAGGAAUUACAUUGCUACCGAACCAGGAUCGCCAUACCGAAUAUGCGCAAUCGCGUGCAAAGAUAUGGUAUUUCCAUUCACAUUGUCGUAACGAGUCACCGUGCACUGCCAUGUCGAACCUCAAGACAACGCACACUCUUCUGCCUGAGGGUGACUCAAUCCAAGGUCGAUUCAAUAUGAAGCUCGAUUGUUGGUCCGUUGGAGUCAUACACUACUUCAUCACAAGACUACCACUGCCUCAUCCUACUUCGACUCAUACCCAAUCCUCAAUCCUCUUACGACCAAUCGCCACCAUGAACACUACUGCCCACGCUACCCCCAUGAUGCUCCAGAAGAAAAGCUCAGAUGAGACAAGUUUCCCCGUUGACCCUCUCGAUUUCAGCUACAAUUAA